AUGGCAUCGCAACCGUAUUCCCCCAGAUCUUCGGCCUACUGGUCUGCGUCUCCAGCUCAUGUUGGUCCGGCCGUCGGUCAGGACACUCCGCCGCCUCCUCCGCCGAAGCCUACCAGCCAUGAAGCAAGCCGGAGAGGGACGCCUCUCGCUGGGGCUGCAGGGCUUCAGUCUCCUGGACACCCACAGGGAGAUCAAGGAGUGAAUUUACCUGGCACAGCUUCUACGCAGCUUUUUCCGCCAGGUGACCCCAACACGCAAGUCGAGCCGCCUCGGAUCGAGGACGGAUGGCUUCCGGACAUUGUGAAGGACAAAUCUACUACCGAACUCCAAGAAAUCCUCUCCAACGCAUCCCUCUUAUCCGCCCUUUCGACGCUACACCCAUCCUACCCAACUUCUCAGCAGUAUCUCGAAUCCCACCUCGAGUCAAACAAAGCCCUUGCCCAACACGUGCUCGAUCUCGAGUCGCGCGUCGCCAGCCUCCGCUCGUCAACCGAAUCGCUCCUGCUCAACCACCAAUCCCUAGAAGUCUCAUGGCGCAAGAAACAGACAGAAAUGGACGCUGCGUUGGCGCCGUGGUCACCCAAGGCGCUUUACCAGCGUCUUGCGGCUGCGGUAGCUGAGCAAGAGGCUAUCUGUCAUGCUGUCGAGGAGAGUUUUCUCGAGGGAGAUCAUCAGCAUGGCAAAGCUACUGAUAAAGAAGUAACGGAUUGGGUGCGAAGGAUUCGCACAGAGGGCGCCAAGUUGGAGGCUAGAAAGGAGGCUCGCGCGAGGUGGGAUGAGGGUAGAGUUGGGGGGUGGCGAUGA